AUGUACAAGGCCACCUAUCUGCGCGAAGUGCGCAAGGAGAAGUAUGAGCACACAGACAGCCUCGAGGAGAUGGAGCUCCCAGAUAUCUUAAGCAUUGAGUCGGCCCUCCAGGGCCGGGAAAACAUGCAGGAGCUCAAUGAACGCUUUGCCAGGUAUAUUGGUCGGGCACGAGUGCUGGAGCAGCGCAAUGCUGUCCUCAGGAAGCAGCUGGAGACCCUGCUGAGGAUGGAGGAGGCUGCCGACCUUGCAGACGUCUUCAGUGAACAGCUCAACCUCCAUCGGCGGAGGAUAGGUGAACUGGGCUCAGACCGAGGCAGACUGGAGCGUGAGCUGAAGGAUGCUGAGCGCACUUUGGAUGAGUUUAACAGCAGAUACAAAAGCGAGUGCGAAUACCAGCAGCAGCUGCGCAGCACAUUAGAACAUCUUAAUAAGGAGGCUGACAAUGCCCUGCUGAGAAACCUGGAAUUUCAGAUCCAGUCCCAGUUUCUCCAAGACGACAUAAAUGCCACUAAAGAAAGAUACAGGAAGAACCUUGCAGAGAUUCAGACCUACGUGAACAUCCUACGCCAAAUAGACCAAGCGAUCCCACGUCUUCCCACUGUCUCACUUGGCAUAGCGGAGGAGAAAUUCUUAGCCCAGAGACGUGUUCCUGCCCUGCGGAAUCAGCUGGAGGAGUAUAAGAGCACCAUCUGUGGGCUCCAAGGCGAGAAACAGAAGCUGCAGAGCGAGACUGCCGUGCUGGAGGCGGCCAUCAGGAACACCCAGGAGAGCUACGACGAUGAGAUCCAGCUGUACAAUGAGCAGAUCGAGGUGCUGCGGCGUGAGACGGAAGAGGCUGAGCGUGUGCUGGAGAAAUACACCAGCAAGUGUCGCUCCCUGGCCAUGUACCAACUCUCCCUGGAGAAUGAACUGGAGAGGUACAAAAGGAUCAUUGAGAAUGAGGACAACAGAUUGAACGUGGCCAUCAUUGGAACUCCAAUGUCCUUGUUCACAGCUGGGUACCAGUACUCCCACACACCCUUGAUUAGCAGCAGAGGAAAAGAUAUCACCCAGGCCGUACAGGACAUCACCAGUGCUAAACCUCGCCAGAAAAUCCUGGCCAAAAAAGUUCUGAAGAAGAAGGAAAUUGCUUCCAAAGGUGCACUGGAGAGUGGACUGGAAGGAACCCAGGAAGGGGACCAGGAGGAAGAGCAAGGAAGGAUGAUGGAAGAGGACAGGCAGUUAGUCCCUGAGGACGUCCCUGACGGCAGCCGGAUCAGCAAAGGCUUUGAAAUGCUCCGGGACCUUGUGAAGGGCCACAUACGGAAGCAUCCAAAGCCCCAGCCGGAACCUGAGCCUGUGGUCGACAUCUACACCAAGGGGAGGUAUGUGACUGUCACUGGUGAGGGCAGCUACUUGAGCCCCAGCUUUUGCUCUUCCUCCCCUUCUGCAGGGCAUGUUUCUGUCAUCCCCGAAAAUGGUUCCGCACCUGCUGAUGAUGGCAAAGACACACCCGUUUCGGGUCCAGACACCCCACCAUCCCCAGGCCCCUCCCCGAUGCCUCUGGCACCUACUCCGAGGGCAGAUGGUGAGGGUGAGGGAGGCCAUGGCAACGGAGAGAGUAAGGAAGGUGAGGGAGGAAAGGACAAAAAAGGUGGAGAACAUGAAAAGAGCGAUGACACUGGGGGAAAGGAGGAACCUCAGCCGCAGUCUAGAGAUUCUGAGUCAGACCCCACCCGGCCAUCCAGACCACGUUACAUAGGCAAGAUGGUGCUGCCCCCAAUCCCAUACGCCGGGAGCGACCUGCCCCCUGACUCUGUGAGCUACGAGAAGGUGGAGGUGGUGGAAUCUGUGGAGAAGAGGUCUGAUGACAGCAGGGUCAAGGGCUAUGAAGAAACUGCUGUGAUUGUGGAAACCAUGGUGGAGAAGAGCAGGAAGAAGAAGCAUGGAGGCAUGUCAUCCUGA